CCGACCCAACCCACUAAACUAACGCACUGACAGAGAGAGAGGGAGAGAAACAGUCUUCUUUUUUUGGAUGCUAUUGCCCACAGCUGGAAACUGGAUGCUGUGCGGAUUGUGUGCAUGGAUAUGCAGCAUUUCCCUCUCUCCCUCUCUUUGGCUCUUUCGCUCUGGAUCCGGACUCUGAUUCGCUGUCCUGCUCGGUAAUGUCAAGACUUUGGAAACGGGAGUGACUCGUGGAGGGAGGCGGCGAUUUGGAGGUUGCUGCAUAGUGCACGACAAGACAUUGGGAUAUAACUUAGUUUGCAGAGCUCGCAUCAUGAAUGCAGCCGUUCACUUGAAACCGUGAGCUCCCCCUCUUGUGCUGUGUCCAACAUGGGUGUUGACUGAACACUGGAAGAGUAUCCCCGCGCUGCCACAGAGGUAUGAGGAUGCACUUGUGAGGAUUAAAACUGCGCUCAAUAAUUGACCAUGCAGAUUCUGCCGCCUAGGACGUUAUUUGUGUUAUUUGCCCAUGCACAUGUAUUAUUAUCUCUAAGAAAUAAUGGAGAAGUGCGAUCUAAAGAGGACAGCGACACCAGCGCAUACUCUGCCAGGACUUUUCAUGGGUCACUCCGGGAGAGUCAUCAAAACAAACCCAGGGACCGUGCGCUCUCGCCGGGGUACGCCACAGGUGCGUCCUCGGCGGAACUGCCGGCGCAGCGGGCAGUUAUCAGAGGGAACUCCUCUCACCCCUGGAAAAGGGUAAUUGCAGAAGAAACGUGGCGAAUUGGGCACAACAAGCGCGACUUCAGUAGGACUGUGACACCCAUGGAGGACCCCAACGCUGUCUCACACUGGGGCCCGACGCGCCACCACAAUAAGAGGAUAAAGUUGAAUGGCGGUUUUAGUAGUACGGGGACACCAGCAGGUGGAUACUACAAUGCGGCUAAGCUCUCUUCAAUGGGCCGAGGAGACGGAGGAGGGGGUCCCGAGGAGGGCGACAGGCACAAGAGAGGCACAAAAGACGAGCAGAAGAAAGCGUCCAAGAGGGGGAGAAACCGGCUGAACAAAAGCUCAGUGCUCUUGGCUCAGACUCACGCGUCGCCGUGGGAACCCAUCCCCAAACCGGUGGCCCUCACCUCCACCGACCUGCCCUUUGACCUCUUCACCAGGAGGACCGAGUUAUUCACUUUCAGGGAAGAGAACCCCUGGGACGCCACGCCGAUCACCCCUCCCAGCUCGCAGGAUUUCGGGGACGAGAUCAAGAACCCCUUUUACCCGGUGACAAGCGAGACUUACGGCGCUUACGCGAUCACAUGCGUCUCCGGGGUUAUUUUCCUGGUGGGGAUAGCGGGCAACAUUGCCAUCCUGUGCAUCGUGUGCCAGAACUACUACAUGAAGAGCAUCUCCAACUCACUGCUGGCCAACUUGGCAGUCUGGGAUUUUGUGCUCAUCUUCUUCUGCCUGCCCAUGGUGGUUUUUCACGAGCUGACAAAGUCCUGGCUGCUGGGCGAGUUCACCUGCAAAGUGGUGCCCUAUGUGGAGGUGGCCUCCCUCGGUGUGACCACCUUCACCCUGUGUGCUCUGUGCAUCGACCGCUUCCGUGCGGCCACCAAUGUCCAGAUGUACUACGAGAUGAUUGAGAACUGCACCUCCACUACUGCUAAGCUAGCUGUCAUCUGGAUCGGCGCUCUCCUAUUGGCCCUCCCAGAGCUCCUCAUCAGGCAGCUGGUUGCAGAGGACACAGGAAUUCCGGACGAGCCUCCCGUUGAACGGUGCAUUAUCAGGAUAUCCACCUCACUUCCCGACAUGCUCUACGUGUUGGGCUUGACCUACGAGGGUGCUCGGCUGUGGUGGUGCUUCGGCUGCUACUUCUGCCUCCCCACCCUCUUCACCAUUGGGUGCUCUUUGGUGACGGCACGCAAGAUCCGGCGAGCAGAGCAGGCCAGCGUGCGCAGCAACAAGAAGCAGAUCCGGCUGGAGAGCCAGAUGAACUGCACCGUUGUGGCGCUAGCAAUCGUCUACGGUGCAUGCGUGGUUCCUGAGAACAUCUGCAACAUAGUUUCGGCAUACAUGGCGGCCGGUGUUCCUGAGCACACCAUGUCUGUCCUCCAUCUUCUCUCCCAGCUGCUGCUCUUCUGUCGGGCAGCCGUGACGCCAGCGCUACUCCUUCUCCUGUGUCGCCCGCUGGGAAGGGCCUUCCUGGACUGCUGCUGUUGCUGCUGCUGUAACCACGCGCCAUCCUCGGCCACGGCCAGUGACGAUAACGAACACGAGUGUACCACCGAGCUGGAGCUGUCGCCGUUCAGCACCAUCCGCAGGGAGCUGAGUAACUACACACCUGCCGGCUCCAACUGCUAAACUGACAUUCCUCAUCAGGGAUGGAGAUUUCACUAGCCUGCUAUCAGCCCUUAGCUAGUGUCUGUCAGACUCGUCUAGGAGAGAUUUGCCUUACCUAGUCUAGUCGCAUUUUUAAAUGGGUGCAUGAAUAAAGUCGGACACUGAAUAAUCACAUUCAGCCAGUGUCCUACAUCCUCAACAUUCAUUUCUUACAAUAAUAAUGUACAUUUACAGUAACUGUAUAACCCUUAUUUUCCAGGAAAACAAAAAAAAAAGGCAAAAUCUUCUUUUCCCUCAUGCCCUGGGGUGCUCUUAAAACAGGGUCAGUACACAUUUUUAGCAAUCCUGCCUGAAACCUUUAAGACUUACAAACCUCCCCGCUGUAGACCUUGUAUGCCUAAAUAUCUUUGGACAGUUGGCCUCUCUGACCUGUUUGAUGUCUGGUUCCUCACAAGAGGUUUGAAUCAGGUUAAUUUCUUUAAAUUAGCUUAUUAUGAAGCAGAAAAACUAAGCAGAAAAGACUGCUGUGUUCCGCACAGGCUUCGUGCUCUUAGUGACAGGAAAAGGUAAUAAUAUACUGUACAAUGUACAUAGGGAAAUGAUUGUACAGAAUCUGUUCUGUUAUAAAUAAAACAGUUUGUGAUGAUAAUUGUAUUUGGCCACCACAAAUAAUAUGUAUGUAUAGGAAACUCUGUACUGUAUAUCUGAAGGGAGAAAUAAUUAAGGCCAAUCACCUUCCAGAUGUGUCACUGUUAAAAUUAUGGGGACUAAUUAAUUAUGGUACAACCUUGUAUAAUAACUCAAAUACAGCAUCCAGCUAAACAUGUGGGCUGACACUGCCUAUAGAAAUACAGGACUCAGUUUACAGACUCCAAAUGUACAGUUCAUAUAAUGCUGAACACAUGGGAACAAGGCUCAUGAUAAUUAAACUAGUGCAGGGCGUCUCUGCAGUAAUGACCGUUUGCAAGAAGAAAACACAGCGAGGAGAGAGUGGAUUGGAGAAUCCAAAUGUACAAAACAACACUGACAUUGUAUAUUGCAAAAUAUCCAGUUGACACAAACAUAACUGGGCUGGUCUCAGAGAUACAUAAACAUGGACGUGAGUGGAAUUAAAAGGUUUAAAAUGGACUAAUUGAAAUCUAAUUAGAGUUGAAUGGAGUGGAAUGGAAUCGAAUUAAACACUACAGAUUCAAUUGAAUGGAGUGAAUAUGAAUAGAGUGGAAAGUAAUGGAACAUAACACGGUGGAAUAUAAUGGAAAGGGAUGGACUCAGCAUGGACUGGACUGAAAAUAAAUAUGUGCACUACACUGUUGUAUCAUGUUACGCCUUACACUUUGGGCUGUAUAUAUACUGUACACUUUCUUUGGUGCUCUUAUGAUAAAUGCGCUGUAAACAACAAAUCCAUCGGUUCAACUUAGAAUCGCAAGUAAUUGAUCUGCGUAUUAUGUUUUUGGUCAAGAAGACAGAUUACAGUUAUCUGUGACUCUGACUGAAUAGUGAGGUAAGAGAAGAAAAAAAAUCAAUGUGGAGUUUCACAGAGCUGCCACGGACGCAGUUUAGAGAGAUCUAGAGAAUCUCCGAGGAUAAAUACUGCUUUUGUUGAGAGUGACAUCUAAACUUCAAGUAUGGCAGCAUUUUAUUUUACAGUACAGUAAUUACUCAGUGUUUACUAGAUCACUGGUGAAUACUCAUAAAUGAAAAGCUAAUUGCUUGUAAUUAACAUUGUAGAUGUUGAGAGAUUGAGACUUCUAUAGAUGCAAUAAAUGACUCAUCUACACUUUUUUUAUUACAUUGGUACAGAAAUAUAAUUGCUGGUAGUUAGUUAUGUUAUGUAACAUAUUAACACAGUAAUAAUCAUUUAGUAGGUAAUCAAAACAUAUUAAGUUAUUAUAAACAAAAAAGUGCCAAAAACUGCAUAAUUACAUUGUAAAUACAACUGAUGGGCUGUAAAUAUACGGAAAAUUAUAUAUUUGUACCAAUAAUUACUGCAAGGUUUAGAGUAAAUAUAAAGCAACUGUUUCAUUUUUGUACAAGUUAUUUAUUUACAAUUCCUGAACUGUAAAACCAAGUGCUACCAUAAGUGUAAAUUACCUUGAAGGCAAGAGCGGCAGAGUUUAGAGUAAUGCUGGCGACUUUGUCCUGCUCUUUUGAUAAUGGAUAUGAGAAAUUUACACUACAGCAACCCUGGGGUCACUGUUACCUGAGAUAGUGUUGUGUUUGCAAAUUGGUAAGACCUCAAUCCUAAAAGCCAUUUCUCUUAACGUUUAAAGUGAAAACAAGAGCAGCCGAACACAAUUAUGUUAAAAAUAAUAGUAUAAUAGUCUAACAUCACAUUUUUUAUAAUCAUACUUACAAUACACAAGAACAAUGCUGUUGACCUCUGCAUAUAUCAUCAGCUGCUGGGAAUGCUCACUUUAUGCUAAGGACCUGUUAGCUUUAGCCUCAGUCUUUCUGAAUAAUCAUGUAUGUAGUCACCAAGUGCAUAUUUAAGACCCUUUUAAAGGGUUGCUGUUUUAAAAUGAGUCGGUGAGAAACAUUAAAAAGUCAGCCGGAGACACCGUUUUCAACAACCUCUCGCUGCUAAUGUUAGCCUAGUUAGCUAGCUUCCAGCAACAGUGGCACAAUUGACAGUCGCCAACUAGAAAUGAGAAGCUGCGUUUGUCUUCUUCUGUCUGAUAUGAAGGACCAAUUGUGUCAAUAAUUACGAAGAAUUUUGAAUGAUAGGCCAAAUCUACCACUGGUGUUGUAAACGGAAUAUGUGCCACGCGAGAAUAGAAAGCUUUACAGGCGUAGCAACAGUCACUAAAUUAGUUAUUAGUGGCUUCUUGACCACUAAUACCCUUAGCGGUUUCAUUACUUGAGUUUUUUAAGGAGAGCCAAUGAAAUGUUUUUCACAGUGUAUAAAUUUACAAGUGUAUUGUACUGUAAAUCUGUUUUCUUAUUCCUACCAAUCAGACCUGGGUCAAAGCAAGGUUCAAACCACCGUUACACCUUAUUACAAUGCAGGUAAUUGAAGUUAUACUGAAAACUGAACAGCCCAAACAUUUGAUACAUAUGCUAAUAUGGCAGAGGUAUGUAGAAGGCUUCUGUCGAUUAAAAGCCUUUAUUUUGUUUGGUAAACUUAUUCUAAUUCAAAUUCUUUAAAUAUUUAUAACUAAGAUUAAUGGUGGCGAGCUCUGUGAUGACCCAGGUGUGAUGUUCAUUGGUAUACUGUAUAUUGCGAUGAAUCUUUUGCAUACGAUUCUGCACUGCCAAACACCUUCUCUCUGUCUGUCUCUUGUGCUCUUGUGGUAGUAGCACACUAUCUCUGGGUGUCUCUCUUAGCAUGGAGGUCAGUUUGCCCUCAGCUCCAUCAAUACAGGAAUAUUACUACAAAACAUAAAUCACAAAAGGUUUGACAGCACCCAAGGCCUGUCAUACUCAUAUGUUAUUCGUUCACUAUACACAGAAACUGUGGGAAAAGGGUGGGGUUUUUCCUGCCACAGCUGGAGGCAGCAACCCACUGGCUGUAAUGAACUCCGGUUUAUGAGCUCCAAGAGAUCCAGGUGGAUGUAGCCUCUGGUUGGCGCCGCCUGCAGUUCUUCAAGUUAAUAGAGGAGAUUGGCAGGAGCAUAGCAGCACUGCAACACAAUGCCCUGCAGCCUGUUUGACAACUCUUUUUAUUACCAUCACUAUUAGGGUGUUGUGGACCAAUGUGUAAACCUGUCCAGGGAGUUAAUAUGCCCUUGCACCAGCCAAUUCCUACCAUAAAAUCACUUCAAGAACUUGGGAGGUUUUUUUUUUUGUAUUUAGUUCAGUGAGUUUAGGUCUGUUUUUUGAUGCAACGUAAGUGUAAACUGACCUCCUAGAUCUGAUUAUCUUUUUCUGCAUAUUUCUGGGAGUAUAGCUCAUUCUAAAUGGCUCAGUGUGUAGUAACGUGGUUCAAACUAUUGAUGAAGUGAUUCUUGUAAAUCAGUCAGUGAGACGUUUAUUCUGAGUUUUGUGAGUAUCCUCUUCACUCUGAGCAAAUUGUGUCUGUAUUUGAUACCUGAAAAUGUAAGCACACGACCACUAUUGUCUCUAAGUCUAGUCACUGGUUUCUAAAUAGCUUUUUAUAUAGCCAAAAAAACUGUCCCUUUGUUUA